AUACCAGGAGCCGUAAAAUGCACGGACUACAAGGGUCCAUUGACUGUCAGUAAGACGUUUUCGCAUUUUGAGGGUUUGUUCCCGGCGAGUUCUUUUGGAGAACUCUUGUUUAAUACGAUGGAGGUCCUCUGUCAGGCCGAGCUUUGUGGUUUUUAGACAGUCGGCUGCAAAUCCAGGGAUGGCUAGCUGAGCUAACCUAGCCAGCUAACAAUUAGCCUGUCCAUUUAGCUAUCCUGGUCACUGGAGCCUUGGUCUGCGAGAGGAUACCUGCUCUGAGCGCGAUUGUAAAGCGGUAGUGUCAUUGGGGUUGCUGCAGGGCGUACUGUUCGUCGAGUGCUGCAGACGGCGGGACAGCCUCUCUGUUCCUUCAGUGGAUGGACAGUUUGACGGGCGCUCAUUGUCACUGCGCGGGCGUACGGUGUUGGUUUCGGGGCGGCUAGGCUUGUGCUCGGCCGGGCAACCAGCGGAGGGAUUUAACAAAUGUGGCAGUGGCAAGCAGUUGUGUCCCGCUGUCUUUGGGACCGAAGUUGGUAGUGUGAAAUUAAAAACCGUAUUUUUGAAGAGUGUUUCUCUUACGGGCUAACCAGCUUCGAGGGAAGGGGAUUAAAAAGUGUUGGCACGCUGAAAAUUCAUCAAUUUGUCACAUUAGCAGCGUUUAGCUUGCAAAGUAAUAUUAGCUCUGCUGGAAAGUGCAUCAAAUAAAAUGGUUAUUUGUACCGUCGCUAGUCAUCUAAGAUGUUUGCAGACAUUUUGCAUUGCAGAUUUUCUGUGAUCACCUGUCAGCCCCUGUAGCCUGAGGAUUUACAUAAGACUUCGACUAAGCUGUCAAAUAUUUGACACUUGACAGCAGUUUUACCAUCAACAAGGAAGGCCAGAAUCCGCACCAAGCGGCAAGCCUGUCAGGCUCGGUUACCAGCGUCUGGAAGUAACUUGCUGAAAACGGACUGUUGCUCAGAGUGGGUUUUAUUUAUUUGAUACUUUGUGUGAGGUGUACCCCGGCGCCCCUUGUCAGACGGGCUUUUUCAGCUCAUGCGGUGAUGACUUUAGACUCCAUGAUGGCUUGUUGCCUGAGUGAGGAGGCGAAGGAGUCCAAGCGAAUCAACGCUGAGAUCGAGAAACAACUCCGGCGAGACAAGAGAGAUGCAAGAAGGGAGCUGAAGCUUCUCCUGCUGGGUACUGGAGAGAGUGGCAAGAGCACUUUCAUCAAGCAGAUGAGAAUAAUCCAUGGGUCAGGCUACACAGACGAGGACAAAAAGGGCUUCACCAAACUGGUGUACCAGAACAUCUUCACCUCCAUGCAGGCCAUGAUCCGUGCAACUGAGACCCUCAAGAUCCCAUUCAAGUAUGAACAGAACAAGAAUAAUGCCCAGCUGGUGCGCGAGGUGGAUGUGGAGAAGGUGUCAUCAUUCGAUCAGCCUUACAUUGGUGCGAUAAAGAUGCUGUGGGCCGACCCUGGCAUCCAGGAGGCCUACGAUCGCAGGAGAGAGUACCAGCUCUCCGAUUCAACCAAAUAUUACCUUAGUGAUUUAGAACGAAUAGCAACUCCGGGGUACGUGCCUACUCAGCAGGAUGUGCUGCGGGUUCGAGUGCCUACCACCGGCAUCAUUGAGUACCCAUUUGACCUGGAGAAUAUUAUCUUCAGCUAUCUAAGUGAUCUGGAUCGCAUUGCGGAACCAUCCUAUCUACCAACCCAACAAGACGUGCUUAGGGUUCGAAUCCCAACCACUGGGAUCAUAGAAUACCCUUUCGACUUGCAAAGCAUCAUUUUCAGGAUGGUGGAUGUGGGGGGUCAGAGGUCAGAGAGGAGGAAGUGGAUCCACUGCUUUGAGAACGUCACCUCCAUCAUGUUCCUGGUGGCGCUCAGUGAGUAUGACCAGGUCCUGGUGGAGUCGGACAACGAGAAUCGUAUGGAGGAGAGUAAAGCUCUGUUCAGGACCAUCAUCACAUAUCCCUGGUUCCAAAACUCCUCUGUCAUCCUCUUCCUUAACAAGAAGGACCUGCUGGAGGAGAAGAUCAUGUAUUCUCACCUGGUUGACUACUUCCCAGAGUUUGACGGUCCCCAGCGGGAUGCUCAGGCGGGUCGAGAGUUCAUCUUGAAGAUGUUUGUGGACUUGAACCCAGACAGUGACAAGAUCAUCUACUCCCAUUUCACAUGCGCCACUGACACGGAGAACAUCCGCUUCGUCUUUGCAGCCGUCAAAGACACCAUCCUGCAGCUAAACCUCAAAGAGUACAACCUGGUGUGAAGGAGAAACCGAAGGAGAGCGAGAGAGAGAGAGAGGUGCGGGGGGGGAGUGUGAGAGAGAGCAAGCAAGACACCUGCAGUCCCAAACACACACACACACACAAUGCAGAGUCCAAUUCUAGAAACACACACAUCUGCAUGAAACACAGUGCUGCUCAAAGAGAUAAGCAUUGCUUCAUACUGAACCAGACCAACACUAACCAUGUUCUGUCCACUUAACUCCUCAGUUGUUGGUUUGCCCAUUUUUUUUAAAGAAUCUGUUUUGUGCUUCUAUAAAUUGCUCCUCUUGCACAAACACACAUGAAACACACUCAAAUAUAACACUCCCUCCAUUUGUCCCCCUCUCUUUGGGGUUUUGGUCUGCUCCGGGGCUCUUCUUGGGCCUCUUUUGGCCCUUGGCGUGGCUCACUUUUUUUUAUUUUUCUUUCUUUACACUACAUUAUCACCAGUGCUUGUAUGUACGAGGUGGGUAGAGGGCCUUCUCUGGGCAGAGUAAGCUUUUAUGGACAUAGGGCUCUCUCCCCUUCUUCUUAUUUAACCCAUGCAUGCUAUACACUACAGAAUGAAGGCACGAGACCAGGCUGCAGACCCUGGACUUUGCUCAAAGGGUAACUAAUUAUGAUGAUAGAAAUAUAUUAUCAGGCUGUGCUGGGGUGCAGUGAGAUUCUCGGUUCCCCGUGGGUCUUGAAUAGUAUAUUUGAAUUUUUAUUUGUUAGCCCUGCCCCAAACCAGAGCACAGGCGCUCUGUUGAAUGUAAAUAAAGCUUUCAUGCUGCUCACAAAAGGUGAGGGCUAGACAGAGACGACUACGCGUUCUCUGUAGACUUAAAAUAUUUUCAGCUAUAUACAUUUUUUGGUUAUAUUAUUUGCUACUGUUGUUCUCCAGUUAAAAUUGAAUUGAAGAUGAUUACACACAAGAAUGCAACCCUGCAGAAAGAGUCACAAUAUGUUCCCAAUACACAGCCCCUCAUUUUAAUGUGUUAAAAAACAUAAUGAAACCAUCAAAUUUAGAGACAACACUUAAAGUAUUUACAUUCUGAAUAUAAGCCUCCCCGUUAUUUUGCAUUGCCAAAUUCAAACCACAUACAUUUGUUCUGUAAAUAUAAUUACCUUGCCAGUAUCCUGUUCAUCCGUUCAGUGGUUCAGAUACUAACAAAACUUAUUAGGGAACUGGUAUUGCCAAAAAUCAGUGCAAAUUUUCUCUCAUGUUGGAUAAUUCAGAUGUUGAUGGCGUAACAACUCACUUUGUGUGGCAUCUCUUUUAUGUCGACAGUUGUCUGAAUCACACGUGUAUUAGUACUGUGAUUUAUUUUCCUUGUUUCCUUUGAUGGUGACAAUAAUCUUCCUGUGCACAACGUGUGAAUAAUGAUACCAGAUUAGUACAGUGCAAUAGUCAGUUGUAGAUGAAAUAAAGCUUUUGUGCUGCCAGUUAGCUUCUGUCACAAGUUGGUCUUGAUCAUCCAAAUGGCUUCUCUCCGUAAUCAACUUUAUUUUGCCAUAUUAUUUGGCCAACAUUUGAUAAACUGUAACCGAUAUCAAGAGAGUAAAUAGUUCUUUUUUUGUAUGUCUAAUUUAUCAAUCAGAUCUACGUAUUGUUGACACAGUAAAUGAGACUUCCUCCCUAGUUUCAGCGCAAAGUUUUUCCAACCUAGGAGAUGGGAGGAGAUUUUAUACUGCUGUAAAAUAUCAAAACUAUUUUAUGGACAAGUGUUCUAUCUUUCUAAUGAUACUUCAUAUAUUUAGUUGUUGCAGUUCUGUUUUGAAAUUCUUGACAAUGGAAAAACACUGUUUCCUUGUCGGGUUUGUGCUUUAUGCAAAUAGGAAAACGAAAACAGACAAAAAACUUUAGUGGUUGAAUAUUUACUGUUCAAAGAUGCUUGCAUUUUUUUGUAAUUUUUAAGGAUAUGUGUUGGCUAUUGGUACCAAUCCCAUAUCGUGUCUCUUGCCUGAUAGUUGUUUAAAUAUUCCAUUAAGCUGAAACUUGAUAUAUGGCUAUUUUUGUCUUCACAGUGUAAUUCAGGUAAGUUUUCAUAACUUUUUCAUCACAAGGGCUACUACUAGCAGCUUUCAUAGAAAUGCAAGGACUCUAUGGACGGCAUAGAGCAAAAGGUGAAAUUAAUUAACGAGGUGAGGGUGGAUGUUGACAUCCUGGUGAGGUGAUGGCCGCAGGUUCAGUGAGGGAGGAAUGCAGCAGUCCACAGAUAUGCCUACACGACAUUCCCAAGGGAAGUCCGGUGGCUGUUUGGCUCUUUGUUCGCUAUCUUUUUGCCUUUAGAGGAGGAGAAUGGCUAAUGUCAAAUGAAGUGGAGGUUCCCAAGGUGCAAAAGCACAUUUUUAGUGUCCUAGCUGUCACACCUAAAUAUCCUUUUGCUCUUCGUACGAACUGUGUGCUGAUAUUCUUGGCUUUACAAUAAUUUCUACUAUGUGGUUUUGCAUAUUUGGCUUAUCUUCUCAUUGGUAGUGUUGACUUUGACAUUGCCUGUGUUGGAGUCAGAAAAAAAAAAGGGAGUGCUGGGCUACUUUGAACUUUUUGUGCACAUUUAAAAAAUUGACAGUCAGAUUAAACAUCAAAGAAAUCAUUACCUAUGUUAAAUUGUUUGCCAAAAGGUUUACACGUCAAAUCUUUUGUAAUUUUUUUCUAUAGAGAAGCAGUGUGUUCUACCUACUUAGCCUUGAUUUUAUUUAGAUGCACCCUGUGAGAGUAAUCUUUGCAACUCUCAUGCAAAUGUGUUUAUUAUGUUGGUAAAGCCGUUGUCUCGUACAUUUAGGCUUUGUGCAUUCUGAAACACUUAAAGAAGGAGGGACUUGUAUAUUCAUGCUAAGUGCCACAAUUUUGUAUGAGAUGAAACAGCGUUUGAGAUGUUAAAGGGCUCUGACUUUUGUCAAAGCAAGUUCAGUCUGGCUGGGAUCUUGUUUAUUCAGCUUGCAUAGGUAAAUGGUUUAUCUUUGUUUCCCCAGCCAACAUUUAAAAGCCUUUCCUUGACCAUUUUGUCCCAUGUUUAGGAUGAAGCUUCACACACUCACUCGCUAACAUUAGGUAAUUUUGUGGGUGCCACAGUUCAGCGCACUUUUCAGUGUGAAAUUUUAAGAGCUUGUGUAGUUUAAUAUGUGAAUGAAUAAACUAACUGACAGACUUAGAGUUUGGAAAGGAAUAUUGUGUUGUGCUUCGCUGCUGGGAUUCGUGUUUUUAAAAUUCUCAUCUUAGCUUUCAGGGGAGACACUCCAUUCCCCUAAACUGUAUAUUACCACCUUGAGGGCAGGUGUGUAGCCCCUUACACUUCAUUCUCAUGUAGAUGAUUUUUUGUUUAGCAAAUUGACUUGAGAGGACUGCUGUGAGGAUGAUAAACAAAAUGAGGGUGACCCCUCCAGGGACCAGUGUCGGCACGAUGACGCACUCUUUACAAAGUUUGCUGCAUCAGUUUUCGCCUGCUGACAGCAUGUGGACUUAAUGCCUUCUCUGGUUAUGAGGGCACCAGAACCAGCACAGAAAAGGUCAGAUGGCUACACUACCAGUAAUAUGAGCCGGAGAAGAGCUGGGUCAGGUAUCUAAAAACCUUUCCAUUGUAUUUGUUUUAUCUGCAUAGAAUGCAAGUUGGAGAAAGUUCGCCAGUACGACAAUCCAGUACAAAACACUAUGCCAAGCAAAAUCAAUCAGCAACAGAAAAGACAUCAUAAAUUAAACAUUUGUAGUAGCUUGACCCAGAUCUGUGGUAAAAUUAUUGCGACUUUUGUAUUCCACUUUGACAUUAUGAUUUUGUUUUUCCAAAUGGAGCUUGUGUGUUAAGCCUCAGUAUUAAUGUAUUUAUUGAAACACUUGCCAAGUGAAGGUACUGAAAUGGCCAUUUUGGUGGUUUUAAUAACCAGUGAGUGAAUAUGCUGUGUGUUUACAUGUAAGCCAUUCUCCGCUCUCUUUUUUUUUUUUUUUUUGUUUGUUUUUUUCCCCCACUUGAUUGGACUGUGUAUUCUUUCCCUGGGUCGAAGGCACUGAAACUGCACCACUGCAAUGGGCCUGCAUUCAUGCAACUUAGAAGUGCAUUCAAGCGCGCUCGUUGGUACUCUAAGGUGUGUGUGUGUAUGUGUGUGUACAUUUUUGAUGGCUAUUGCUUAUGCUUGAGAUCCAUUCUGUUUAGAGGGAUGGACAUACAGUGAUAUUAAAAAAAAAAAAAGCUAUCUUUGCAUUUUUAUUUUUUUUCUUUUGUAAGGUUGAGACACCUUAACAUGUAUUUAGGACCACUUAAGAUGACAGACUUUUUUAAGAGUUAAAAUAAACUUUGUGUAGUGGUGUACAAAUUGAAAGUAAUGUAUUUUUGUUUGAAUUUUUUUUUUUUUUUUUUUAAGUAUACCAAAUGUAAAUUAUGUACAAUGAGUGUGCCAAUCCCCUUUUCUUUGUAAAGCCAGACUCUUAACAAGUGCCAAUGUUGUGAAAAAUCAGAGGGCCUGUGAAUUUCAUGGUCCAAUUUUUAAAACAAAUAAACAAUAAGUAUGUGAUUAAUUAACAAAAAAAGGACAAUUUUAUUCUAUAUUUAAGAUUAAUGAUGAACUGCUGUUUUUAAGAUAAAUGUCAUUUUAAUGCAUGUGUUUGUCAGGUUGGGGAGGGAGUGGGUGGGUGAGAUACUGUAUUCAUGAAACGCCCUCAUGAAAAGGGUCCUAAUGGUUAUUGAUUUACAGUAUUUUAGCCAUAUUUCUCUUUUGUAUGUUUCAUUUCAACCACUGUUGCCUGAACCUCAUUCAAACAUGAAAAUGAUUUUCAUAGCCUUCUCCUUUAAAUGUUUUAAAUUGGAAUAAAAUAUG